AUGCGCAGUCACUCCACAACAUACACGACUAUUCUCUCAUGCACAUCUCAGACAGUUCAAGCCAGUAUCAAUGGGAUGGCGACUCGGCGCAGAUCAGUUGUCGUGGAACUGCGAAGUGAUGACAGUCACGAUGAGCCCGGCCAUAUAAUCCCCAAACUCCAUACCACUCCAAAACCGCCUCGAAAUCUGUCUUCACUUNCACCCGAAGGUGCACGAUUCCUGGACGAUUUAGGCAAUUACAUUCCCAUCGGCUCACUUGUCCUCGGUGCAGCCAGUGAUGCUGAACCCUUCUGGGAAGAGGUCACCAACGUUGCCACACUCCAACAACUAGAGCUAGGUCUCUCUGAGCAGAACGCGCUCGGCAUCGACAAACUCCUCACUCGCCGACGUCUUCGUCUGUUUGUGAGUCUUCCGUCGAAGGCUAUACUCAGACUCUAUGUCCUGCCUAGCGAUGUCGGCCAACGGUACCUGCAGCAGGACCGGGGAAUGGACUCACAUCUGUUCUCGCUAAUCCAAAACCUUGACGUGUCCCCUGAAGCAUGGAACGGGUAUCCAAAUAAUCAGGAGCCUUUUGAACCGUAUGCAGCUGGAGAGGAGGGAUCAUUGUAUUACCUGUUCAACAACAUUCCAUCUCCAAAUCCAACAUCGGAGCGAAUCACGAGUCACUUCCAUCGGGAGACUAUGAUGGACCUUCUCGAUGCCGAGUAUCAACUACCUGGCCUUAAGACAGCGCUCUAUCCCUACCAACGCAGGUCUGCGGCUCAGAUGCUUCAAAGGGAAUGUGAAGAAAAACUCGAGCUUGAUCCUCGACUCGAGAAGCGUAUCGCUCUUGAUGGUACAAGCUAUUACUACGAGCCUUGGGAUGUUUCUUUUUUACGGAGCCCGCGCUUCUACGAGUCCUGCAAGGGAGGGUUGCUUUCCGAGUCGAUGGGACUUGGUAAGUCGUUGAUCUGUAUAACGCUGAUACUCGCGACUCGUGGCCACCUUCCUCGUACACCUGCCCAGUAUGAUCGGGAGACUGUUCGGCCGAAGAUCAGCAGUCUUCUGGAAAUGGCUGUAUCAGCCGUCAACAGACACUCCGCUCCGUGGUCUUCUNUUUUCGAGAAACACGAACACCUCACCGGCGAACACAUGAAACACUGCAUAGAUUUAAUGCGGCAGAGCGCGCCUUUCUACGAAAUACCAGUCGAACCAAUCCGCUGGAAUCGCAAGACUACGGUACCUUCCCCAAAAAAGCUAACACUCAUCGCAACAACUCUGGUCGUGGUACCAAGAAACUUGUUAUCACAGUGGAAGUCAGAACUGGAGAAGCAUACGACAGGAUUCCUGAAAACGCUGGUUAUGGAUAAUAACCGUGUUGCCCUUCCCUCGCCCGAGACACUAGCGACCUUUGACCUCAUAUUGUUUAGUCGAAAUCGAUUCGAGUACGAGGAUAGAGACGGUGCAGACGCGUAUGGUCGACGCAUGUCAAGAUAUCCAGUAUCCUGCAAUUGUCCAUACAUUGGAGCUACCCGGACGCGAGAUUGUGUCUGUAUACGACCUGAUGAUCUCUACGAAUCGCCACUUAAAGCCCUCCAUUUUCUAAGAGUUAUUAUUGACGAAGGCCAUGGUAUGGCCAACGAGAAUACCAGAAUUGCAACUGUAGCGAGUAAACUUGUUGAAGCUUCUCACCGAUGGAUUGUCAGCGGCACGCCAGCCAAAGAUCUCAUUGGUGUCGAGAUGGACUUGGUCGGACCUGUGUCGCACGGCGGCACCCCAACUCCCUCCAAUUACGAUGAUGGAGAUUCCCAGUAUGGCUCCGGUUCUGGCAUUGAUUUCGCAGCACCUCCUCUGCGCGAUGCCGUGGAAUCUCUUCGGCGCGAUGCUUUACUCGACCAGAGGAAAGCGUUCAACCUUAAGGAUGAGAAGAUAGGGGCAGUUCGCAACAUCGGCGCAUUGGCAUCCAAUUUCCUCAAGACCAGGCCAUGGUGUUCUGUUGAAGAUGAAAGGGGAUCUGACUGGAUGAAUUACUUCUUCCGUCACGAGAUGCCCUACCCACGAACUCGCACCUUCUCUGGCUUCUCAAAAUGUCUACGUCAAACGCUGGAAUCGAUUGUUAUCAGAACACAGCCUGCAGAUGUCGAGCGCGAUAUUAAGCUCCCACCGCUCACACACGAGAUUGUGCGAUUAGAACCGUCAUUCUACGACAAACUCACGGUGAAUGCCUUCGUGUUUGUGCUGACUGCCAAUGCUGUCACUAGCGAGAGAACGGACAUUGACUACAUCUUCCACAAGGCUAGCGGUAAGGCACGAGUCCAGUUAUUGAACAACUUGCGUGCAAGUGCUUUCUACUGGACCGGUUUCAGUGCUGCUGAUAUGUUGGCUGCAGUAGAGCAAAGUGAAGCGUACAUCAAGAAGCAAAACAAGCUGUGUUCAGAAGAAGAUGAGAGUCUGCUUACCCGUUGUAUUGACCAAGCCAGAGUCAUGGUUGGCUCCGAGGGGUGGAAAAAGUUGACACAAAGCCAUGAAGUUGGGCUGUUUGUGAAAAAUUGGCCAGUCGAAUCUGCAGCGUUCUGGUCUUUUGACAGAGCAGGUGAGUUGUCAGCGCCAAAGAGACAUCUGCGCAUGACCAAUCAACUCUUACUAACGCUUUGGUCGCCAGAUCCACCUAUAUGUCAUUUGCUGUGCGGCGCAACACAGUUGAUAAAAGCUCAAGAUCAUGUCAACCGCCAGACCAAAUUGUCCGAUCCGACAGAGGGUCUUGCUGGAGCUGGUAUCAAGGCGUUGUCCUCUGUGCAUUCACAACCAGCGGACGAGAAAACACCCGUGCUUGUCAAGGCAGGCAUACCUUCGUCUUCGCUUGCAGUCAACCAGGCAGGAACUCGGCGUUCCUCAGGCGUAAAAGCAACAGCCUUGAAACAAUCCAAACCUGAGUCACCUAAGCGCAAGAGCUCUGCCACGGAUCUUGUCGAGGAUGCGCAGUUGCCAGUCGAUUCAGCCCUUCUCAAGACUAAAAUUGCCGGCACCACAUCGUCCAAAUUGAGCUACCUUCUCUCCCGCAUUGAGGAAUUUCAUUGUGACGAAAAGAUACUCGUGUUCUACGACAACGACAACACCGCGUAUUACAUCGCACAGGCACUCGAGGUGCUCCAUAUUGACUAUCUCAUUUAUGCCAAGUCACUUACGCCUUCGAUCAAGUCAGACUACGUGGUUCGUUUCAAUCGGAAGCCAGAGCAUCGUGUCCUAUUGAUGGAUAUUGGCCAGGCUGCAUUUGGGCUAAACUUUCCUUCGGCUUCUCGAGUCUUCUUCAUCAAUCCAUGCAACAGGCCUGAGGUGGAAGCUCAAGCACUGAAAAGAGCGCACCGUAUUGGACAAACGCGAGAGGUCCACGCAGAGACCUUGAUUCUCAAAGGCACGAUCGAGGAAAAGAUCUUUGAGCGAGCGAGAACUAUGAGCAGAAUUGAACACAAGAACGCGAAGGAGUUGGAUGAUGAUGGCGGCAUCAGGGAAAUCAUUCAGAGCGCGCAGCCUAUACCAGUAUCCAUGCAGGAGGGCCGGAUCGCGUUCAUCCAGAAGCCCCAGCAGCUGUUCGCAAGGCCAGGUUGGGCAGAUUGGAAGAAAGCUGCACGUGAGAACUCCAAGCCUCGCACUGAAACGACAGGGACGAGUGGAAGCNGGAAAAGGAAGGCAGAAGGUUCCAAAGACAAGAGCAAUAGCAAGAAGCGAGCAAAGAAGCAGAAAGGAUGA